CAAAGGCAACUCGCUGGACAUCAUAACCCGUUCCAAUUGAACCCAGCAUAAGUGAAAGGAGGGCUAUAUCAUUACUUUACUUUAGUGGAGUCAAGCCUGCAUUGGAUUGAGAGAGAACGUUGGACAUCAGCGCUUCCACAGCACCACCUUAGCGCUCUACCUCCACGAUCUCCCCGACGCAGAAUAUCGCUCCUAUCAAGCUCUCGAGCUCUCGAAGGAUCCUCGUAACGCCAGAUACGGAAAGAUAAAGAUUCGACUUUUGCGGUCGUAUUGCGAUUGGAGAGCCGGCGCGGUCUCCUUCUGGAACAUGCAACUGGCUGCAGCCUGUUUAUCGCAACACGGGACGCACUCCUCUGACUGGGUCUCGUCGUGCAUAAGGACACAUAUAGUAGAUUUUCUGAUGAUGGAAGGGGACUAGUUAAUUUCGAGUCAGAUCUGGUGUUCAUAAUUAUGGCAGGCCAAAUGUCACCGGGGAAUAAGUGAGUCAGCUCACCUCCACCUCCAUUUUCCUGUUCCGCACACUCUCGACACAAAAACCAGGAAAAUUCGACGAACGACGACCUUUCAAUGACGAACGAACGAACACCUCUUAUCUCCGAAGAAAAUCGCCAUAUCAGCCAACCAAUCUCAACUACACAAGAGCGCAUAGAAGCUCAAUUACCGGAAAGAAGUCAAUCUUCGGACAGUCUACCCAAAAAUGCCCGGGAAGCGCACAAUAUCAUCUAUGAACGGUUUUCGAGGAGGGAAAAGGCGGUGGUAGUAUCGAUUGUAUCAUAUGUUGGUAUAAUUCCUCUGUUCGUGUCAGGAACUUUUUUUCCAUCGAUACCGGAUAUCGCGAAAGAUUUGGACACCAACGCAGAAAUGGUGAAUCUCGCAGUCAGUGUCGCCGUACUCGCUGCCUCAAUAGGGGUUUUUAUUGGUGCUUCAUUCUCAGGUUUUUAUGGUCGGAGACCGGUUUAUAUCGUUGGUCUUCCCUUCCUAGUCAUGGGAUCCCUGCGCGUAGCAAUGUCUAAAACUAUUGAAGAAUUGAUGGUCUGGAGGUUCUUUCAAACGAUUGGAGUGUCGUUUGGCCUAUCAGUAGGAGCAGCUGUCAUCGGAGAUUUAUACAAGCUUGAAGAGAGGGGUACAGCAAUGGGAAUUUUCUUUGGUGCAUGUUUGAUCGGUCCAGCGCUGGCACCGGUUGUGGGAGGUCUCGCUGCACAUUACGCAUCGUGGCGAGUGAUGCAGGUCGGUCUAGGUGUAGGGGGACUCGGAGCAUUCGCAUGUGUCCUAUUGUUUCUCCCAGAAACGAGUUUCCCUGGGACCCGAGGCAUCGACAAGCGCAGGGCAGAGCUUGGUACGGAUGACAUUCCCUUCACGAUCCCGAACCCCUUCGCGGCAAUCGCACUUCUUCGAAGCCCUAAUAUCACCGCGAUAUCUCUUUGUGGAACGGCUGUCUUAAUGACGGAUUACGUAUUACUACUCCCUUUACCCUAUACCAUCGCUAAGCGUUACGGAAUAGAAAAUCAAGCUGUCAUCGGAUUGCUUUAUGCGCCCAUUGGUGUGGGGAACUUUGUUGGAGCACCGCUUGCGGGGUGGCUUUCGGAUCGAGUAUUGAGAAAGAUGCUGAAGAAGCGUGGUGGAGUAUGGUGCCCAGAAGAUCGAUUAAGACCCACGUUGUUGGCUGCAGCGGUAUUUGUACCGCUAUCGGUCCUGGGGGUCGGAAUCAUCGCUCACUACGUGCCGGGACCUCUGGGCUUGACCCUCAUCAUGAUAUGCUUUUUCUUCAAUGGAUUGGGGGUAGACAUGGUUCUCAGCCCGUGUUCAGCAUAUGUUGUAGACAUCAUGCAUUCCCGCAGUGCCGAAAGCGUGGCCGCUACCAGUGGUCUGCGUUCUCUUCUGAUGUCCAUUAGUGUGUCUGCUAUCGCACCGUCAAUCAAUCACUUUGGUAUUCUGUGGACAAACACCAUCUCCGCCUUGAUUGCCUGGGCCGGAUUCGGUCUAUUAUGGACGGUGAUAAAGUAUGGGGAGACAAUGAGGAACUGGGUAAAUGUAGGAUACUCUACCGCAGAAACCAAUUAGUGAGCCGCUGCCAGUCAUGAAACGUGAAUAAAUACUUGAAAAAAGAAGAAAGGUCGU